CACUUCCGGCGGAUGGGGGGGUUGUCUCGGCCCCGGAAACGGAAGUGAGCGCCUUGGCUGGCCGACUAUAGCGGGUUCAGAGGAUUUCGCAGAGCUGUUUCCAAGAUGAACGCCAGAGGCCUUGGGUCGCAGCUGAAGGACAGUAUUCCAGUUACAGAACUCUCAGCCAGUGGGCCUUUCGAGAGUCAUGAUCUUCUCCGGAAAGGGUUUUCUUGUGUGAAAAAUGAACUUUUGCCCAGUCACCCUCUUGAAUUAUCAGAAAAAAAUUUCCAGCUCAACCAGGACAAGAUGAACUUUUCCACCCUGAGGAACAUCCAGGGUCUGUUUGCUCCCCUGAAGUUACAGAUGGAGUUUAAGGCUGUGCAGCAGGUUCAGCGUCUUCCGUUUCUUCCAAGCUCAAACCUCUCACUGGAUAUUUUGAGGGGCAACGACGAGACCAUUGGUUUUGAGGAUAUUCUUAAUGAUCCAUCACAGAGUGAACUGAUGGGCGAGCCACACAUGAUGGUGGAAUAUAAGCUGGGCUUGCUGUGAUGCAGGGCGCCGUGCAGGAACCACGGAUGUGCUUCUCGUAGUUGCCUCUGCCGAGGUCUGAUGUUCACAGCAUUAAAGUACUGAGAGGAU